UUCCGCCCCCACUUCGACUCCUCUUCCUGCCUGCGUAAGGUAUUCCUAGGCCCUACGUUCCCGGAGCCUCUGCAGUCCCGGAGCAGUAUAUUCCGCAGCCCAGGAGCCGCGCAGCCUUGGACCCCGGAGCCCCUGCGCUCCGAAGCUCCCCGAGUGCCCCGGUGCCCUGCAACUCGCGUCCCCGGAGACCCCGCGUCCUUGCGCGCUCCCCAUAGUCCCGGCAGCGGCCGGCCACCGCCCGACCCGGCGGACCACACUGCCCUCCUCCGUUACACCGGUGCCAUGGCCGCCCCGGACCUGUCCACCAACCUCCAAGAGGAGGCCACCUGCGCCAUCUGCCUCGACUACUUUACGGAUCCGGUGAUGACCGACUGCGGCCACAACUUCUGCCGCGAGUGCAUCCGGCGCUGCUGGGGCCAGCCCGAGGGCCCGUACGCGUGCCCCGAGUGCCGCGAGCUGUCCCCGCAGAGGAACCUGCGACCCAACCGACCGCUCGCCAAGAUGGCCGAGAUGGCGCGGCGCCUGCACCCUCCGUCUCCCGUCCCACAGGGCGUGUGCGCCGCGCACCGCGAGCCACUGGCCGCCUUCUGCGGCGAAGAGCUGCGCCUGCUCUGCGCGGCCUGCGAGCGCUCGGGGGAGCACUGGGCGCACCGAGUGCGUCCACUGCAGGACGCGGCCGACGAUCUCAAGGGCAAGCUGGAGAAAUCCCUGGAGCAUCUGCGGAAGCAAAUGGAGGAUGCACUGCUGUUCCAGGCCCAGGCGGAGGAGACCUGCUCCUUGUGGCAGAAGAUGGUGGAGACCCAGCGGCAGAAUGUGCUGACGGAGUUUGAGAGGCUGCGCCGUCUGCUUGUGGAGGAGGAGCAGCGGCUGCUGCAGAGGCUGGAGGAGGAAGAGCUGGAGGUGCUGCCCCCCUUGCGGGAGAGCGCGGCCCGGCUCGGACAGCAGAGCGCCCAGCUGGCCGAGCUCAUCACUGAGCUGGAGGGGCGCUGCCAGCUACCAGCACUGGGGCUGCUGCAGGAUAUCAGGGACACCCUGCGCAGAGUCCAGGACGUGAAGCUACAGCCUCCUGAGGUGGUGCCCAUGGAGAUGAGGACGGUGUGCAGGGUCCCAGGGCUGGUGGAGGCCUUGCGGAGGUUCCGAGGGGACAUGACCCUGGAUCCUGACACCGCCAACCCGGAGCUGGUACUGUCAGAGGACAGGAGGAGCGUGCGGCGGGGGGACCUGCGGCAGGCCCUGCCCGACAGCCCUGAGCGGUUCGACCCCGGGCCUUGUGUGCUGGGCCGGGAGCCCUUGACCUCGGGCCGCCACUACUGGGAGGUGGAGGUCGGGGAGCGGGCCAGCUGGGCCCUGGGCGUCUGCAGAGAGAACGCCAACCGCAAGGAGAAGGGCGAGCUGUUUGCUGGUAACGGGUUCUGGAUCCUGGUGUUCCUGGGGAGCUACUACAACUCCUCCGAGCGGGCUUUUGCCCCUCUCCGAGACCCACCCCGGCGCGUGGGCAUCUUUCUGGACUACGAGGCUGGACAUCUGUCCUUCUACAGUGCCAACGAUGGGUCGCUCUUGUAUACCUUUCCUGAGACGCCCUUCUCGGGGACCCUGCGGGCCCUCUUCUCACCUCUGUCCAGCAGCCCAACCCCUAUGACCAUCUGCAGGCCGAAAGGUGGGCCUGGGGACAUGCUGGCUCCCCAGUGAGCAGGCCUCUCAUAGCCUCUUGUCCUGCCUUCCGAGUCUUCGAGACACUUGAAAAACCUGAGAAGAGGGUGCUUGUCCUCUGAGCUAUGGAAAACACUCGUAAUGCCACUCGGAUACGUGGAGCAAACUGAACUCUGUCACUGCCACUCCCAGGAAGCCAUGUGUGAGUGUGUGCAGGCUGGGCUGUCCUCCCUGGGGGGACUCUCCAAGGUCAUCAGGUGCUGAGACCCCAUUCACCAGUGCACCACACACAGUCCUUCGCAGAGCCCUGAGCCUAGGGCCCUGGUAGCUCUGGUUCCAGGAGCCUCACCAGCUGGCCCCACCCAGCCUCAGUCUGGGGUGAGACACCAGGGCCUGCAGAACUCUCAGCUGCAGUCUGGGCACCCCCCCAAACCCUGGGGCCACACCUCGAGAAAGCUGCUGUCUUGUGAGACUGCUGGCCAAGAGGUGGCUCCAGGCCCACCAGCCUGUCUUGGGGUCUGGUCCAAACUGGUGGAGGGGGUGGGGGUGGGUCUGGAUGUAGUUGCCUCAGAUUAACUGGGGUGCAGCAGAGUCCUCAGGUGACAGGUGAUGUGGGAAAGGCCACAGGGAGGGAACUGGGAGCAAGUCACUGAAUAAAGUGGUUGAUUAACUAGGACACACAGAUGCCCUCAAAUCCCCCUGAACGUGGCCCACUCAGGGCUUCUGGAAAAAGCUCCUUCCCUGGUUCCCAGUGCAGAGGUUCAGUUCUGGGAGGGCCGAGGGCCUGGAGGUGAGUGUGAGGCUCAGAAAUGACACCUCACUGUUUCCAUCUGAGUGGCACUGAGAACAGCAAGCUGGCGUUGCCCUCUCAAAUGCCUCUUCAGUGGUCCGUGGGGUGGUCCCUGAACUCAGAACCCAGAGUCUCACUCCUGCCUGGGGGAGGGGGUGAGGCCACAGAGAGCCCUGGCUUACAAAGUCCAGGGUUCGUUUUUGCUUUAAGUUUUGACGCUUCUUCACCCUUCUCAAGAAGGUGUGAUGCAGCGUCUCUGCACCCCUAGAUUUUUAUUAAUUGUAAGGACCAUUCUCACAGUAAAUAAACUAACAGUUGUCUGUAGUCCCCUUAUCUUUUAGGUUGGGGGGUGGGGAGAUCCUCCAGAGGGCCCACCCUCUGGGAGGGGAUACAGAAACAAGAUGCUCACUGGUAAAGUCGGGGAUGCAGCUGCUGCCCACACAAGCACAGCAACUCCCAGGUAUGGUUUCCAUGUUCUCUGGCUCAACACGUGUGUUCAUUUCAUGCAGGUACUGUGGGCAGUUUUUUCCUUUUUUUCAGAUAACCUGAUAAACAUUUCCCAUGUUCCACUGUG